CAGGCUCCACCGCAGUGUGCUCUCGCUGCGAGUAACUCUGUUGCUGUUGUGGCAGUGCACAUUGAAUUUCAGCACGGCUCUCGCUGCUGGAUGGGUCUUUGCAGGGGACAAGUCCCCCUCCCUGUGCUGUAGGGCAGAGUUGUGUGUGUGUUUGAAAAGGGCCAAUCUAGGCAGAGGUUGCCUGAAGGAAACCUCUUCCUGGCCCGUCGGGCAGAUUUGACAGGGCCAACCAACCAGAGAGGUUGUCUUAAUUGCCGCUGGACUGAGAGGUUGUCCUUACAGGAGGAUUUCGGUAUCUUUCGAUAGGAAAGAAAACAGCACUUACAAGCAAAAACUCCUGGCGCAAGAUAGGAACUCAACAACUCCUUCCCAACACGCUAGAUCUCGCACCCAGAGGGGAAAAUAUCAAAACGGUGCAAGCGAAGUCACUAGCAGUUACUGUGAGGAAAACAAAUAUCCUAAAAGGCGGCUAUGGAUUCCAACAACACAGGUGGUGUGAUCACCUAUAUUGGGCCAAACAGUUCUUCUUCUAGCCCAGUCCUGCUCUACAGCGACAACUCCAACAGUAGUUUCCAGUCGGUGUCCCAGUCAUGUUCCCCAUUGCCUCCUUCUCCAAACGGCUCCAGCUCCAGCUCCCAGGACAGCAAACACUACCGAAGCAGCUCCUCGGGAUCUGGGGAUGAUUGUUCAAGCACCGGAUCCUUCAACAACAUGAAGCUUUCCACUGACGAUGGCAGCGCCAUCUCCACCACCAAAAUCAACUCUGGGAUCACUAAGAUCAGUGGAAUGAUUCUGCUGUGCAAAGUGUGUGGGGAUGUAGCCUCUGGGUUUCACUAUGGAGUUCACGCCUGUGAAGGUUGUAAGGGCUUCUUCCGGAGAAGUAUACAGCAGAACAUCCAGUAUAAGAAGUGUCUCAAGAAUGAGAAUUGCACCAUCAUGCGAAUCAACAGGAAUCGCUGCCAGCAAUGCCGCUUUAAGAAGUGCCUUGCUGUUGGCAUGUCCAGGGAUGCCGUGCGUUUCGGGCGCAUUCCGAAGCGGGAGAAGCAGCGUAUGUUGGCAGAGAUGCAGAGUGUCAUGAAUAACAUGGUCAACAACCAGCUGGGUGGGGAGCUGCAGAAUGAACUCCAGCCCCAGCAGCAGAGCUGGCAGAUUCAGCCGCCACUGGCCAUCCCCAUGCAGACAAUGCAGCAGGAGCGCACGUCGCCCUGCCUCCAUUCCCAGCCACAGUUGUACUGUUCCAGCACGGAGGCCUCCAUGGAGGAAGUCAUCUACUCCAUUUCCCGGGCUCACAAAGAGACCUUCACCUAUGCCCAUGACAAAUUAAAGCAGCCAACAGCAACCUGCCAGCACAACACCGAGAUGAUGAACCAUAACGCUAACUGCUGCUUAAAUGGGUACCACGUCAAUGGCGUGAACACCAUCUAUCAUCAGGAGAACAACGUUUUCCACAAAAGCAGUGGCAGUGGACUGAAGAAUGUGUGUUACCCUUCUUCCUUCCCCAAUGGCCACAUUAAUGGACAUUACCAGAAUCAGUCCAAUGGACACAAAUUACAUAAUAGAAAUUUGAUCAGUGCCAGUGGUGAGAUGGAGACUGGCAAGGGACGGCCCUGCCCAUGGAAAGGACAGAACAGUGUUGUCCUGGCUUGCCCGAUAAACACACAGCCACACGUAGAUGGCAGCAGGUCAGUGCAGCAAAUUUGGGAGGAUUUUUCCCUGAGCUUCACACCAGCAGUCAGAGAAGUAGUAGAGUUUGCAAAACUUAUUCCUGGAUUCAAGGACCUAUCCCAGCACGACCAGGUCACCCUGCUGAAAGCUGGCACCUUUGAGGUGCUGAUGGUGCGAUUCGCGUCCCUGUUCAACGUGAAGGAGCAGACAGUAACUUUCAUCAGCGGGACCACCUACUCCAUUGAAGAGCUGCGGGGGAUGGGAAUGGGAGACCUGCUGAACUCCAUGUUUGACUUCAGUGAGAAGCUGAGCUCCCUGCACCUCAGCGAGGAGGAGCUGGGCCUGUUCACAGCUGUGGUGCUGGUCUCAGCAGAUCGCUCCGGAAUCGAAAAUGUAGACUCAGUGGAGCAGCUCCAGGAGACACUGAUCCGAGUGCUCAGAGCGUUGAUCAUGAAAAACCAACCCAGCGAGGCCUCGCGCUUCACCAAGCUGCUCCUGAAGCUGCCGGACCUCCGCACGUUGAACAACAUGCACUCUGAGAAGCUACUGGCCUUUCGGAUAGAUCCCUGAGCUCCUGCCAAUCACCUCCCUGCCUCUGCUACAUUUUAAAAGCAAUUUUUAUUUUAUUUCAAUGAACAUUCAGAUGACAUAUUGCAAAACAUGCUGUAAAUAUGUGUAUAUUUCAGCUGUCAAGGGAGUGUAAUAUAUUCUUAUAAGGAAUGUUCUACAAAUCAAUAUAUUUAAAAGCACCCUUUGGGACCUCUAAUAUUUCUGCAUACAUGAGCUUGAUGGUAGAAAUAGGUAUAAGGUUAAAUACUUGGUUUGAGUAAUGAAUAAAAGUCAUCUGGAGAUCUGUGUGCCCUGGAGUGAGCAGGCUGGGGGUUCCCUUUCUGAUCCAGUUUUCCCCUACUCCCUCACACCCCCCCCCCCCCCACCGCAUCUGGUUCAAAUCGAGGUAGGUGGACGAACCUGUAGCCAGGCCUAGCACUGCAGAAUCCUCGUGGACAGCGCGCCCUCACAAAACAUUAAAAGGGCAAACUUCAGAUCCCAGUCCUGCAGAAGACUGAGCAACUCCCGUGUAGGGCUGCAGUCUGAGGCAGAGUGACCGAGGCCCAUCUUGCCCGUGCAUCAUUUUGUUUGACGCAAUUCACAUUUCAUUGACUGUCCUGCGACUGUGUCCAUAGAACAGCUGACAACUCGAAGCAUUUUGUAGAAAACAAUGAACUGAAUGAUCAGAAAAAAAAAUUCCAGUUUCCAUGUCUGUCUUGGAAGCUCACUUUCAAACCCCCGGAAUUUUGUGAGUGAAUUGCUGCGUCUUUGUGAUUUAGUCGUAUUUUAAUAUCCCUGUUGAAGACUCUCUAAGCCUGAUUGAUGCCACUCCCUCUCUCCCUGAGAGCUAUAUGGAGCAGAAAGUCACUGAUUCAGAUAGUGUUACAAUUGACCGCAAUACCUCUGGGUCAGCAGAGUUGGUGGGGGUUGGGUGUGUUGAAAGAAAUGGCGGUGGCAGUACAGCAGGGCGGACAGCUGCGGCUUUGUGUUAGCUGGAAAGACAGUGUGGGUGUGGGGUUUCCUGUGAAAACUUACUGCCUUUCUUUGGGGUCCUGCAUAGAGGAAGCUCACUGGGGGAGAGCUGAGAACCUAUGGGAGAGGAGGUGGACGGAGGCAUAUUGUGUCAGACAUAACCCUGGGUGGCCGCUGCUUGAGUGCAGGAUCUGCUCUGGAUAACUACAGUUAUCAUCCGUCUGUGUCCUUCAAUUAUUGACGUGUUUGUGAAUCCAGAUCAAUCCAUUAACAAUUUAUAAAAAUUAAAAUAACAAAUGCACUGAAUUAAACAACAAAGCAAAGUUUGGUG